AUGUCUGAUUCACUGUCAUCUGCUCAUCUAUUAUCAGUUCCAAUUGUUAAUCGUGGAACUACGACAGUACCAGAUACUGAAGAUACUUUAAUCGAUUUGUCUGCUAGCCAAAGUGUGUAUUCUAAUCCUUUAACCGAAGUUGCUGCAGAACUUGAACAGAAUUUAUCAAUGGCUCAUAAUUUUGGAAAUGCUGCAAUUGAUAUUGAAUUGUUGGAAAAAGAAAUCUCAGCAAAGGAACAGGAAAGACGUGAUCAGCAAUAUAUUGAUUUGAGUGGAGAAAUUGCUGGAGUAACUUCUUCAAAACCACGACGUUCCAUUAUUGAACCCGAUUUGAAUAGCGAUUUUGAUACUUUGGAUGAACCGGUCUGGGAUACUAUUAGACGAGAUUUGCAUACUGUUGUUGCAAAAUUUGGGCAGGUUAUGACACCAAGAAGCAGUCAACAGUUACUGCGUGAUUGGGAUCUUUGGGGACCGCUCUUUAUAUGUGUUUUUAUCUCAUUAUUAUUGCAAGGAGGUAAAAGUGGCAAAGGUCCUCAUUUCACCGAAGUUUUUACGUUGACUUUCUUUGGCUCGUGCGUUGUCACUUUGAACACAAAGUUGCUUGGUGGUAACAUAUCAUUUUUUCAAUCGUUGUGUGUGCUUGGUUAUUGUUUGUUGCCUCCUGGUUUAGCAGCAAUAAUAUGCAAAUUUAUUGAAAUAAACUCCGAACAGACAGUAUUUCUCUUCGCUUUACGUCUUCUAGUUACGACGGCUGGAUUUAUGUGGGCAAUAUAUGCAUCUAUGGUAUUCAUAUCCAGUUCACAACCACCGAGACGAAAAAUGCUGGCACUUUAUCCUAUUUUUUUAUUUUAUUUCAUUGUUAGUUGGAUGAUUAUUUCACAUUCAAGUUUCUGA